ACCGCCGUCCCCUCAGCGCCGGCUCCCACCGCUCACCGCCUUCUCCUCAGCGCCGGCUCCCUCCGCUCCUUUCUCAGGGCCGGGUGUCCGCGGCUGUGGCGGCUGCCGUGACUCCCAGCUGCGUUGCUCGGACCCCCGAGCCUGAGGCACCUCUGUCACCUGCGAGCCUCGGCGCGGGUCAGCUCCGGCUCCUCGGACGAGUCGCGGUUUCAGCAUCGCCCUGCGAGGACUGAAGGGCCUCUGCAGGGAAGCAGCAGGCACGGAACGCGCCCGUUCGGUUCUCACAAACGCUCCAAAGCGCUUCCCAGCUCCUCCUGUGGCAGUAUAAAGUCAAAUACUCGGAGCUGUAAGCAGGCAGUGAUUCUGAGAAAUGGACGAGGGCAGUUUUCAAGCUUAUGAAGAUGAAAUCCAGGCACUGGAAGAAGAAAUUAGGCUGCUGACAGAAAAGUAUGAAGAUAUGCGACAAGAAUCCACCUUCUUUUCUGAUGAGGAGAUACUGAAGUCAAUAAAAUCAUUCGAAAGAGAAACUCAGGGAGACACCAAGGGCCAUGAAUCUCCAUCAGACCUGAAAGCUCAGCUUGAAAGUCUAGAAACAGAUCUCUCAUUUUUAACGGAAUUUACUGGGUUUCAUUUCACAAGUCAUUCCAAGAAAACGGUGGAAAAAACUCAAAACAGGACGGUGCAGAAGCACAGAGUAUCAGGGAAGUGUCACUCCCUGUCUUUUCAACUGGAAUUCCAACUUCUUGAAAUGCAGAACGAUGAGAAAAUAUCUACUGUUGUUAGUGACCUCAGCAUUGUAAUGGAAUCCAGAGAAGAUUCAAAUGUGAGCAAGUUUGUGUCACGCACUGAAGAACAUGGAGAUCUUCUAACAUUUUUCAGCAGCCUUUCAACCUAUGCUGAGUGGUAUGAACACCGUAAACACACCUUCCUGCAUUUCAAGGCCAAGUAUCCUGACAUUGUGUCCCUUCCAGAAGGACUGCUGGGAGAUUUCAUAAUUCUAAGGAACCCCAAAGUUUCUGGGUUUGAAUUGGUGAUUGUCUGGAAGAUCCAUCUUGAUGAAGAAGGGACCACUACACCUGUCCUGGACCUGCUGCCCAAAGUACCAGAGCAAGUCCUGGAGCAGAGGAUGAGGAGUGUGGAGAGCAUCCCUGGCAGCUUCCGCAGCGCGCUCCGGCUCUUCGGCAUCGAGGCAGCCAUCGAGAACCUGAUCAAAGUGCUGGGCUCAGCAAAAUGAAUGCCAGCAUUACUUACUCCAGGUAGCAAUUUCAAAAGUAGUUUUAAUUAAGAUAUUGUGUUACACAGUCUGUAAUUUUAUUGAAUAUAAACAUUAAGUUAUUUUCCAUUUAGAAACCAUACUCAUAAAACAUGCUAUCUGUACAAUUAUGGCACGUUAUAUAUAAAUUGUCAUGACAUGAAAAUAAAUACAGCCAUUUAAAUACAAAAAUGCCAAAUAAAAUAGUUACAUGUACAGAGUGAUUUCAUUAUAAAUUUAUCUUUCUGAAUCAUUAAUGUACCAGAGUGGUUUAUCUUCUCAACAUUUUCUAGAUACCUGGAAAUUGUUAAAAGAUCAUGCACUGUCAAAAUCAAGUCCAUAAAAAUCCAAUUCAUUUCACAGCUCUGUAAAGGUACAGUGAUUUUAAAAUGACAAAAGAACAGUAAGAGACUCCUAGAACAGAGAGUUAAAUAGCUUUCUCAUUAAAUUAGGGUGGAAGAAGACAAUUUGAAGAUUUCAAAGACAUACAAUGCUAAAAAACCCGAAGGUAACUGUAUGAAGUAACUUUGUUCCACAAUGUGUGCUGAGACAGCGCGAGUCUAACCCAGAGAGGCCCACGACACCCCUGGGAACAGGUGAGCCAGUCACCUCCUGCCCACUGCAGCCCUUCCUUUGCAUUUCUGACUUCCAGGAGGAAAUCCUGACAACACAUUACCAAAGCAUCACCUUUCACACAUUCAGCCCUGAAGAAAUAAAACAGAUCAGACAAA